GUUAAUGAUUUGGGUGGGGCUGUGGCCUUAAAAGUGGUCCAGAAACAGAUGUUUUGCAUAUGUGUGUUGCUGGCUAGCAGUGGGAUAGUGCUAAAACUGUUUAAUUCUAGGUGAAUGCUUAAAAAUUAGUUUUGUGGAGAUACGCUGGCUGUGCACAGGAGAUUUUGUACAGUAUACUGAAGUUGAUUUUGUGGUUUGUUGAGUUGUGAAGAUUUAUUUGGCACAAGAAGAAUUAGGCAGAAAAGCGGCAAUUGUCCAGUAGCAGCGACAACAGCGAUCAGCUGGCCGUAGAAAAAACAGAAACCCGUUUGUCUGCUGUUCCGAAGCCUGUUUGGCUAUUGAGUUGUGAAGCUUUCCAGAAUUCACAGUAGGCAGAGCCAACAGGGGGGGCCAAAGGAUGCAGGCUGACAGCAUGAGGGAUCAUCUCAUUGCAACGACAGCCCAUCUAGCUGCUCGUGUAUUGACUAAGCUCUUCUCUCGGAGCUGGGAAAUGGGGGAGAACUCUUCUGAGGAUGGUAGGAGCAGAACUGAGUCCAGCAUGAGGUCAGAAGAGGCACGGUUAAGGACGUUCCAGCGCUGGCCAGCCAGUGCCGCCAUUUCUCCAGCUGCUCUGGCCGCAGCCGGCUUCUUCUUUGUGGGCCCUGGGGAUCGAGUGGAGUGUUUCUGCUGUGGCGGGGAGUUGUACGACUGGCUUCCAGAGGAUGACCCAGUAGUAGAGCACAAGAAGUUCUUCCCUAGGUGUCCUUUCAUCCGGCACAAGGCUGCUAGGGGAGGGCUGCCUGAUAGGGAGAUUUGGGACUGCGUGGAUGGACAGUUUCUUGGCAUGCUGCAAAGUUUAGGCAUGGAAGAGGCCCUCCUAGACAGCUCCCCGGAAUACCCAGAAAUGGAGACGGAAGGCGAUCGGUUGGUGACGUUUGACACCUGGCCAUCUUAUGCUCAGGUGCCUCCUGAGCUAUUGGCCAGAGCAGGCUUCUUCUACACAGGUGAUGGAGAUUAUGUGCGCUGCUUCUAUUGUGACGGUGCUUUAAGGAACUGGGAGCGUGGAGAUGACCCCUGGAUGGAGCAUGCUAGGUGGUUUCCAAGGUGCAAAUUCCUUCUCCAGUCCAGAGGGCUCACCUUUGUAAGCAGCGUCCAAGAAUCCUACUCCAACGUUCCUGUAUCUUCAGAAGAGACCUCGAACCGGGCCGAACAAGAUUCCUCAAGCUCUGAAGAUAGCCUGAGAAAUUUGGACUUAGCUUCCCCGCAGCUGACCUCCUUGGUGCAAAGAGCCCUCCAGAUGGGCUUUCACCGGAGCUUGGUGCUAAGUUUGCUGCAGAACAAAUACCAGCAGAUGGGGGCUAGUUAUCCGUCUUUGUCCGAACUGGUCUUGGAUUUGCUUCAGGCAGUGCAGGAUCGAGGCAGCCAGGCAGAGGAGUCAAGAGAGCCGCCUCAAAGAGAACCAGAUCUGAGCAGGGUGAGAAGAGAGGCAGAAGAACCCAAACAGCCUAGUGAAGGAGAACCUGCCUCAAACGUGGAGGACCAGCUGCGGCGCCUGCAGGAGGAGCGCACGUGCAAGGUGUGCAUGGACAAAGAAGUCUCCAUCGUGCUCGUCCCCUGCGGCCACUUAGUGGUGUGUGCGGAAUGCGCUCCUAACCUGAGACGCUGCCCGAUCUGCAGAGCGACCAUCCGGGAUACCAUGCGGGCAUUCAUGUCCUGAACUGGAAACUGGAUCUCCAAAGGCUGAUUCUUCUUCCUCCUGCGGACACACUGACUCAAGAAGUUUCAAAAUGGGAGCUGGCUACCUGGGAACCUCUGGAAACCUGCUUUCAGAACUCCCCCCCCCCUUUCAUGCAUGCUUUUUUGUGGCAGUUGUAAUGCCCACUGCAGAAAUGGCAGAUGAACUAGCUUUAGAGGUCUCCUUUCCCUGCCCCAAUUGUGACUGCAAGAGGGUGGUUAUUAUUUAUUUAUUUUUAAAAAAACUUGUGUAAUUUCUUACCUGAUCCAAACCCUAACCAGUUAAAAUAUCGUGUCUUGCUUAUUUAGAAGUUUGGUCCUUAAAAAAUUACUUUUGGACUUGAUCAUUUUUUGGAAUAAAAAUUUAUUUACCUUU